CCCUUCCACGUUGGUGGUCCAAUUGAGCUUAUCAAUCUUCCUGGUCCUCACCGGCCGCUCACCAGCUUUCAGUUUGCUACUCGCAAUGCAGGGCACAGGUCCAGGUGAUCAUCAUGCCCACAUUAUUUGGGCAACCCCUUCAGAAGGGUCCUCCAGCCAAUCUGUCGCCACCACUUCGGAUUACUUCCGGCAGAUGCCUUUCAUCGCAGCUCAGCCAAACUCUUCAAGCUCAAGUAGUUCGCAGGACCUAGUGCUUUGGCAGCAACAGCAGCAACAGCAGCAACUGUACCAGCAGCAGCAACAGCAGCUUGUGGACCGGAGGUAUGACUUCCGCCUGAAUUUCGGAAGUCCUGGAGGUCCUUGUCCUUCUCAGAUGGGCAUGGCACUGCAGAGCGGCUAUCCCGCUUUGUCGGCGGAUGCUCAGGUCGGGAAUGCCGCCCCAAGCAUGGCGCCGACUUCGCAGACUGCGUGCCAGGCUGCACCCAUUUCAAGUGCAGCAAAUGACACAUCGCCAGCCAGUGCCAAGGAACAGCAGCAAGGGCAAUGGAGCAAAGGCUCUGCUGGUCACGACAGAGGGGCCUGUCGGCCAUGCCACUAUUUUCAUUCUCGGACUGGCUGCGCAAAUGGCGAUCAGUGUUUGUUCUGCCACCUUAAACAUGCAAAAAGGUCGAGAAUGAGAAUCCCAAAGCACUACCGACAGCAAUGCCGGGCUUUGGCACAGUUAGUGUUUGACACGCAGGGGUGCGAAGAGGAGAUCAGAAGGGAGAUGGAGUUACAGCUUCUGAUUCAGACCAGCUUCGACCAUCGGCUAACAGCGUAUGCAACUUCUGUUUUGAAGAGUCUCCGCGGUGGCGCGGUGCUUCAGGACUUUCCGCAGGGUUUGGCAAAUAUGGUGGGAGAUGAGGCAAGCGAUUGUUGCUAGCAGACCACAGACAGGUCAAACCUGCAAUUGAAAUGGCUGAUGUUUGCAAGCAGAGCCGCUUCCUACCUGGAACUUUCAAGGAAUAAUCAUGCCAUGGCUUUCUGCAAGAUCAGGCAGCUGGUGCUGGCCUGAUGCUGCCUAGUUCAAUCAACAAUGUACUGUAUGUACCAACAUUGUCGUACGUGAAUGUUGGCAAAGCCAACUUGACAAAUGACUAUGUUGCACACGACCACAGGUUGGUUGUUUGGUUGAAGC